AUGGCUACAGCUAGACCAGCGUAUUCGAGCAAAUUGGAAAUUGACUCACCACUUUUCUACCAUUAUAUCAGAGGUAACAGUGGAUGCGAUUUAAUGUCAGCGCUGGAGAAGCAGUAUUCUGUGAAAUUCUUCCUUUCUGGGCAUGCGGAUGCAGUUUAUGUGGAAGGUAUGGAUGAGCAGAACGAAGCGGCGAUCAAAACAACGCUGAUAAACGCUUGGAAGAGCGAGAGUUUCAGACAGUAA